AUCUGAAUGCAUGUAUAUGUCUGUAUUUUCGAAAGAGACAAAAUCCCGGGGCACCAGAGAAAACAUAAAACUUUUGCGCAGAUAAACUUGUUAUCCCUGUCCAUUUUCCUGCAGCUUUUGACUUCUGUGCGCUCUACAUUGUUACCAUGGUGCGGUGUUUAUGGGUCUCAAACCAAGCUCAUCUCAAAAAAAAAGUUUAAUAGAUAACACAUGCAACAGGAUAAUAUUGCACAGAAUAAACUCUCAAAGUCCGUAACAGUUUCACGAACAAUACAGAUUGGAAAGAUUGAACUAUAUGGGGAUCAAGACAUAAUCUCACUGUAAGUAAAACAGUAAUCCACCCAAAUAAACAGUAGUCUUUAAUCUUGGGAUUAUCAGACAAUGGAUUAUGUCUUGUCUUGAGUGAACGAUACCGUCAGAUGAUCGUAUCAUUGUGAAUGAUGUGGAUGAUUAUUCAUCUGUUCUCGGGUACUUGAGAUGAACACGAGGUGCUCAGACUCACUGGCGCCUGGAUAUCACAAGUAGUCUACAGUAAACGUGUGAACAGCCCAACUGCAACAUCUAUUAACUUCAAUUACAGCGCCCAUCAAAAAGUUAUCAUUCCGCCUGGACCUUUACUCAUGCAAAUGAGCGAAACAACUCCUACAUAAAGUCAAGGGACUACAGCUGCUCAAAAUAUUUGUAGUGAUCCUCUACUGAAAGGAAACAUCAUGUCCAAGAACUUCACUGUGGAGUGGCUGUCCCAGAGUUACCAUGCUCAACAGCUGGACCAGGACAAAGAUGCUUACUCGCACAAACCCUGCGUAUUUCCAAGAGAUCGUGAUUCGGAGUCCCUGAUGGAUGCAUCUCAAAAAAUACUGAAAAUGGUUGGAGAAGAAGACUGCAGUGUUAAAGAAGACAAGGUCCCAUCUUCCCCUACAAAUAGUUGUGGCUACACAUCUGCGUCUGAGAGCGGUGAUGACAGUGAAGGGGAAACUGGACCGCACCGUCGCCUCAGAACCAAGUUCACAACCGAGCAAAUCUCUUGUCUGGAGAAAACAUUCAACAAACACAAAUAUCUCGGUGCAACCCAAAGACGAAAAAUCGCAGAAAAGCUGCAUCUAUCUGAAACUCAGGUGAAAACAUGGUUUCAAAAUAGACGUAUGAAGUUGAAGCGGGAAGUUCAAGACAUGCGUGCUGCUCAAUAUUUUGUACCAACUCUUCUGCCUCCGCUGACGUCAUUUCAGCACCACGCCAUGAGCGGACAGCGCGCGCCUCACGUGUACAUUCAGCGGAUGCCUGUACAACAUCAGCCGAUGCUGUUCACUCCCUGUUACCUCUGAAGAGACUUUUAAAAUAAUACAUGAUCAAACUGUUUAUCAUUGACACGUGUAAUCUAGAAUCUAGAUGUAAUAUAAUCACACUCCUAAAACGGGGUUUAAGAAGUAAAAUACAGAAGCACUGUAGUCUACUAUGUAUAGUCAGAAAGUGUAUAUGAAUGUACAUAAAUAAAUAUCUUUUAUCUAAUACUGUCUCGAUAUCAGGCCUUUUUGUUUAUAUUUGUUUGUUUUAAAUAAUUUUUUUCUAGUGGGAUAAUAUUGCCCACGUGAGACUUGAGAUUUGCAAACUGGUGACAAAGAUUUUUCUCUGUAUAAAGCUAUUAAAGCUAUUAUUAUUAUAUGUAGGCCUAUGUGUCAUGGCCUAUUUAUUUGGUAGUCUACUGUCAUAUUUUUUAGUGGCCACUUAAUCAUAAUUGUGAUAUUCAGUGGAUUUGCGAAUGUUUCACUGUUUCAUAACAGAAAGCCAAUUCAUCUGAGUUUGAUAUCUUUAAUACCCACUUUCAUCAAAUGCAUAUAAAUAGCAGGCAGUUGAAAAGUCAUGCAAUAUAUGGGUAUUUCCCAGAAUUCGGGCCUAUUUAUGUCCCCAAGGUGUUUUCUAUUAAAAACGAAUCAAAUAUAAUAAAUUUGAGCACCAUUAAUUAGUAUAAACAAAAACAAGCCUAGACUUUUUAUGGCUGCUCUUACUAAUAAUUUUAUCAUAUUUUAUUGGUAUUUUGUGCUACAAUAUCUGUGUUUUGGUGUUGUCCUUCACCAGAGUUUUCACCUGUUGUGUCAUAUUUUAAACACUAUUUAUCACAAAUUAAUAAAAAAUAUGUAUAUGAAUUAAAUGUUACUUGAACUAAUAAACUACAUGCACAGAUUAAGCAUAUAUAUGCAUUUUGUACCUGUAAUUUCUACCUGUCCCAUGGUUUAGCUGUCAUUACCAACACACUCUGCAUAAAGGGACCUUCCCACUGUUUUUUCAUCAAAAGUUUAUUUGGUAGCCAUGGUAACCUAAUGACAUAGUGGAGCACAUGGAUUUCAAGCUGCAAGACUGAUGCCUUGAUGUCCAGAAAAGUAAAUCUACUCUUUAUUCUUUGUGUUGGGCAUGUACACGUAUUAUGCGUCAUUACCAUAUGUGUUGUAUUUCUGUACUUUUUAACAUUUUUGAAAUAUUUUUAUCACUUUAAUAGUUAAAAUGGUGUAUGUAGAAAGCUAGCUACACUUGCUUAGUCAUCAUCUUGGCUAGUAGGGCUAGUUUUUUGACAAAAAUGUCAUUACCAGCACAGUCAUUACCACCACAAACAUAAUUUUGCCAAUUAAUUAUGUAUAAAUAACAAAAGCAUCCUACAAUUAUACAUUUCUGACAAUGUAUUAAAAAGUUUUGAUGGCAUUCACUUAAAAUAAGCUUAGAUUCCAAGCCAGGGUAUUGAUGAAUUAGAAAUUUAGAUACGUAAAUGACUAUAAUUCAUCUUGCAAGUAAAAAUCUCAUUAAGUUCAAGAUAAAUAAGAUUACACGUGAAACGACAAAAUGUUUUAAAAGCACUGAUUUAUCAUUUGAGUUUUAUUUUUUACAUAUAUUCGAUGAUGUGAUGGUAA